CUGAUUAGUUGCAUGUGUUCUGAUAUGGGUGAUGCAGCCCCCUCGUCACUGAGAUACAGUAGGAAUGUGUGUGUCUGUGUGUGUGUGGUAUCUGCAGCGUUGUGGCGUUUCUCUGUGUUGUGUCUCCUCUCAGAUCCUCCCUAUCUUUCUUCUGGUUGUUGUGUUGUGUGAAGGAUUUCACCCCUUCAGUCACAGCGGUGUGUCAGUGCUGCUGCCUCCACCCUCCUCCACCUCACACUGACAGAGAGAGAGAGAGAGAUAACGUAGGUGGAGGUAAGAAGAUGGAGCUGCUAAUGACUCAAGUAGAUGUUCAUGCAGUUUGACACAUGAAGCACGAUGCAUCGCGGACACAUGCAGGAGAGCGCAUGAUGAGAGGAGGCGGGACACUCCCGGGUCAUAUGAGCGUCACCGGCGGCUGCGCGGGGCCACAGAGCAGCGGGGGCCACCACCGCAGCUCCGCGUCCCCGGCUGACAGCUGCACCCGGCCGGCAUGGAAGAGGAGGCUCCACCGUGCUCACAGAUUGUCUGACAGGAUGAGCCACGUGCGGACAUAACGGUGAAACCCCGUCCUCCACUGUUGGCUUCCUCAAACUUUCGUGGAGACUCAAACUGCUCUGACCACGACCAUGACGUCCAAGUCAACUUUCCUGAAGGUGAUCCUUCUGGGUGACGGCGGCGUGGGGAAGUCGUCCCUCAUGAACCGCUACGUCACCAACAAGUUCGACUCGCACCUCUUCCACACCAUCGGCGUGGAGUUCCUCAACAAGGAGCUGGAGGUGGACGGGCACAGCGUCACGCUGCAGAUCUGGGACACGGCGGGUCAGGAGCGCUUCCGCAGCCUCCGCACGCCGUUCUACCGCGGCUCCGACUGCUGCCUGCUCACCUUCAGCAUCGACGACCGACAGAGCUUCCGCAACCUGGCCAACUGGAAGAAGGAGUUCACGUAUUACGCCGACGUCAAGGACCCGGACAACUUCCCCUUCGUGGUUCUGGGCAACAAAGUGGACGUGCUGGAGCGCCAGGUGUCGGGGGAGGACGCGAGACGGUGGUGCGGAGAGAAUGGCGGACACCCGUACUUUGAGACAUGCGCCAAGGAUGCUACGAACGUGGCGCCGGCCUUCGAGGAGGCGAUUCGCGGUAUCCUGGCGUUGGAUGACAGAGCGGACGACCUCAUCCACUCCAACACGGUGGACUUACAGAGAAAGAGUCGCCCGAACCCCAGCUGCUGCUGAGCCGAGAGGAACGCCCCGGCUCACGAGACGCUUGGUGCAGUUUGUGGUUCGGCCAAAAGAGGAACUGGUGUUUGCCCGGCUGCGUCUGAACAUUCUGCGGUGUUCUUCUCACUUCAGCCUUUUUAAGACGGAUGAUUACAUUUCAAAGAACGGACGACAUUCGGUGCCAACUUUCAACUUUUCCUUUUUUUACCAUCAAGGGACCGGAAACUUCGUGGACCAGCUCGAAGUUCGGAGACGCGGUUAUUACUCGAUGAAAAGCAAUAAAGAACGUCAAAUGAAAUAAAAGCUCUAAUAUAUCUU